ACCGCCAAGCUCAAACGCAGUUUGUCGUUUUUCAUUUCGCACAAGUUGGCAGGGCUAUUGAAAAACAGCUGAGCGAGCCAACACGUGUAUUGUUGUGCACGACUUGUAUAUAGCUUCAUUUGUUGAAACGUUAAACGUCUAAAGUUAAGAAAAUAAAUCAUACAGAAUGCGUCAAAAUACGCCGCCACAUCGUCCCGACUUCGAUUACGAAAAUGACGAGUUUCUGGAGGAGAUCGAGCUUGAUGGUGAUCCACCGGUAGAUGAUGACGAAUUGGAAAUGGAGGAGGUGACUUUAUCGCAGUUGGAAGCUCGUUUGGGGCUCGGCAACGAUUCUGACGACGCAAUGGAUGAAAACGACGAAGAGGAAGAGGAAGAUCGUCGACGUAUUGCAGCCAUUAAGGAUGACGCAGUUAUCACGUUUCGCAAGCACACAUCUCCUGUCUUUGGUUGCCAUCUGCAUCCGAGGCUCAAUUGGGCUGUGACAGGCAGCGAGGAUGAUCGCGCCUAUGUGUGGGACACCAAUAACGGCGAGGUGUUGUUCGAAAUUACUGAACAUAAGGACACGGUAACUGAAACGCAUUUCAGCCACGACGGUUGCUACUUGGCCACCGGCGAUAUAUCCGGUGAGCUCUUUGUGUUCAAAGUGAACGAAUUACAAGACGGUAGGCCCAUUCUAAACAAAGUUUGGGAGUACUCCAUGCUGGAUAUGGCUUGGAUGUUUUGGCACCGUGCCGCUAACGUCCUCCUAGCCGGCGGUGAUAGCGGCGAGGUUUAUGUUUGGCGUAUUCCCAGCGGCGAAUGCAAAAUACUGCCUGGACACUCGGCACGCUGCGAAACUGGCGAGCUAAGUGGCGAUGGCAAGAAACUACUCACUGCAUACACAAAUGGCGUAGUCAAGCUCUGGGAUCUAAAAACUUGUCAGGUGCUGAUGGAAGUGAACGAUCAACACCCACUUGGCUUUGGAGAAGUUAACCAUAUUGUGGUCGCAUGUGAACAUGAUUCGCCAUUUUAUGUAUGCGCUGAAGGCGGUGGCAAAUUACUAUUCUGCACCAACAAUGGACCGGUAAAUGUUAUACAGUCCGAGCAUGGAAUCGAAUGCAUUGCAUUUGCUCCUGCGACAGCAGAUCUUAAGCUAUUAGCGUGUGGCUCGCUGGACGGCCAGAUUUCCAUUUGGGAAUAUUCCAAAUACGCCCUUCGCGCGGUCUGCGAAAGUCCUGUGCCAUGUGAUGGGGUUCUUCGACUCAAAUGGCUAAAUGAUUACACUUUGCUGGCGGCCACCGCACAAGGAAAUCUGAAUGCUUUUGAUGCACGCACUGGAAUUCUUAAAUUUACACUAACUGGACACUUCUAUCACAUAUAUGAAUAUGCUUUUAAAUUUGAGGACAAUUCUUUAUUGACCGUUUCGGAGGAUAAUACAGCAAAAAUUUUUAAGCUACCACUUCUGGCUGAUUAGAUAUCAGUUUUAAGCUAAAACUACAUUAGGUAUCUAUUUCAUAAGAUUUUCUGUAUAUACAUGCAUGUGUACGAAAAUGUGCUCCGAGUGGAGCAGUCACAGAAUUACAAAUGAAUCGCUUUGAGA